AUGCUGGGGGCGGCGAUCAUCCGACACUCGACAUCGCCAUGUGCCUCACCGAUCGUGAUUGUCCGCAAGAGUAACGGAGUGGAUAUCAGGUUGUGCAUCGACUACAAGCUGUGGCUUCUGAGUCGUGCUCAUGACGGAUUGGGCUCGCGAGAUGACGCGAGGCGGGUGAACGUCUAUUCGAAUGGAGCCAACUAUCUUUUGGCCUGA